AUGUCACGCUGGGACUGGGUCCCCAUUGCCUCCUGGGCUUACGUCAUGGCUGUAAUCCUGAUCUUGUACAAGAUUAUUCCGAUCUUUCUCAACGUGCUGCUGGCUUGGCUCAAGUCCUUCGUAACAAACCUCCCGUUCGUGGGCAUCCUCGGCUUCACCUUUGCGGCUGGCAUGUUCCUCUUCAUGUUGCCCCCGGUUCCAGGACCGCCAAUAUACCUUUUCGGUGGCCUUGUCAUUUCUGGCCGCAGUCCCUAUGGCUUCUGGUGGGGCUGUGUCAUCUGCAUCGUCCUCUGCAUCGUGCUUAAGCUAGCUGCUUGUGCCAUCCAGCAGAAAAUCAUUGGACAAAUGCUGGGGAGUCGCCAGUCCAUUCGCCGCAUGGUUGGCAUUCACCGACCUUUCAUGCGCGCGAUCGAAUCUAUCCUCCGAAGGCCUGGUAUGAACUUCGGGAAGUGCAUGAUUCUCUGCGGUGGUCCAGAUUGGCCGACGUCAGUGCUGGCAGGAAUCAUGCGUAUCUCGCUACUCCAAUGCACCAUCGGCACACUGCCAGUGAUCUUCUCUACAAUCCCGCUGGCCCUGACUGGCAGCUUCUAUCUGAAACGGGACGAGAGCGAAGUCUGGGCUAGGGCCGGCAAUCUGAUGUUCUCGCUGACGGCCAUGGUCUCUGUAACUUUCUGGGCCGGGAUGGGCUGGGCGAUCCAGGAUGCCUUCGACAAGCUGAACGACCAGAUCCAUGCGCCGAAGGUGGAGUUUGUGGAGUUGGAUUGGUUGGACUACUGCGAGGACCGUAUCAAGGAGAAGUGUCAGCUGAAGGCCGGAGACCUCCCGGCUUCGGUACGAUUCUGCCACUUCGGUGGUGCCCUGCUGAUGGUCUUUGUGGCACAGGUAUUCUUCUGGAGGGCUGGCAUGUGCUUUGGCACCUUCAAAGUCACCGAUGACCUGGAGGGCUUGAAAUGGUGGCCCUGGAGCGAAGGUUCCGGAAAGCCAAUGAUAAACCAAUAUGGCUUAGCUGGCCUUUUUUUGAUACUUGUUUCUUUUGUGCUGCUGUUCCUCUCGCGUGCCUGGCGGGGCCGUCACAAUGCUCAGACGAGGGUGCACGUCAUGAAGGAGCUUCAUGGAGAAGAGGAAGCGUGGAAGCAGCGAAGGACAGAGGAGGCUGAGAAUUGGGUGCCGCCGAGAAGUGUUAGUGGAUCGCCAAUCAUUCGGAGUGCCUUGGCCAAGCCAAUGCCCGACUCGGACAGUGUGGUGAAUGUGGUAGCCGCAGCGUUAGAGGGAGCAGAAUUUGCAGAUGCGAAAGCCUUGACGAAGCUUGGGCUGGACGAUCAGCCAAUGGAGACCGAGACACAAGUUCCCGACGAUGAGUUCUCAUCCUUGCCUCAGAAGCCCACCAUGACCGCCAUGACUCCGGGUGCAACGGUAAUUGGUCGGCCUCCCGUGGUAAGCGAUGACAGCUCCACUGAUCCUGGGCCGAGCCCACCACGCACAUCAAUCAGGCUUUAG